UCCCAUACGGCACGCGUCGCGGCAGUCGCAGUGGCUUGAUUGGAGACAGCGACAGGAGUCGCAGCAGUUGAAUACGAUUGGAGGAAGCACCGUUCGGAUUCAAAGUAGUACAACGAAAAAAAGCUCUUCCGAUUUGAAUUUGGCAAUUGAUUGUGUCGCAUCAAGGACCCGAUCACGUGCACUGAUAAAUACUCCAUUUUUAUCGAAACCAACACUGGAAUCGAACUGCCCCUAUCAAGUGUCCAUUUCUUAAAGAUUCUUGGGUUCUGUGGAAGCGAAAAAUGGUAGGCGGUAGAAGAUCAGGUACGAAUAAACAUUUGACCGAAAUGCAACAACAAGAACUGCUGGAGCAACAGCAGCGAGAGCAACAACAGCGAGAGCAAGAGCAGCGAGAGCAACAGCAACGAGAGCAGCAGCAGCGAGAGCAACAGCAGCGAGAGCAACAGCAGCGAGAUCAACAACUGAGAGAUCAACAACUGAGAGACCAACAACUGAGAGACCAACAACUGAGAGACCAACAACAGCGAGAUCAACAAAAACAGCAAUAUUAUUAUAACCAGCAAGGAGACAAAGAUUUAUUGCGAGAGCGUCAGCUGCAAACAAACCCAUUGCCUUCUUCAAACCUAUGUCAACCGUUUCAGUAUAUGAUGCCUUAUUCGCCGCAGCUCCCUUUUACUCAGUUCCAACAACUGCAACAGCAGGCACAGUUGCAGUGCCAACAAUUACAAGAAAUGAAGGAACUUCAAGAGAAGCAGUUAAAAAAUUUAGAAGCAUUACAGGCAGUAAAGGUUAAAAAAUCCCAACAAGCAUUAGAAACGCAGGAAACUGAAGAAGAUAAGAAAGUUCUGCAGACACAAAAGCAACAACCUUCACAGUACCAAUUCCAGGGGCAGCAGAAUCAAAUAAAAAAACUGGAGAACAGGAUGUUUGAUAUGGAAAAUGACGUGCGAAGAUUAAAAAUGGACAUAAGAGAUUUAGAAAAGAAGAAUGAGAAAGAUAAAGAAAAAGAGCUGCAAAAGGAAAAAGAAGAAUUAAAGGAAAUGAGAAAACAAUUAGAAAGAGAAUCCGAAAGCAUUAAGAAAAUGAAGAGAUAUUAUUAA